UUAAUGAUAUUUCUAUAAAUCCACAUUGCAGUUUUGUUUUAUUAAUACCAAGUCAAAAAAGGUAUAUAAAACAUAAAUUUAAGUUAAAUUUGGUCCCACUUUGUUGUUGAGAGACAAGAAAAAUGGCGGUUGUGAAAGGUAAACAAGGAACUAAAGGAGCAAAACAAAUAAAGGAGGAAAACAGAACAACUUAUAAUUUCUACACUUACAUUAUACUUGGAGCAAAUGUACCGGUGAUUAUAAUGCAUUUGCUUUGGAGGAUAGGAAAUAUUGAAUGGACGCAUCUGGGUCUUCUCACUUUUUCCACCAUAAUUUACAUUCUAUGCAUGAAGACAAUGGGAUCCAUGUUGAACAGCCAGCUCGAUUUGAAUAUGGAAGCUGGCAUGGCUGAACACGUUAAGGAUAUUAUAUUCGUCACUGCAGCUUGCCAGGUGUUGAGCGCUGUAUCGUUGUACGGGUGGCUGUUGUGGCUUAUGAUACCGGGGAUGGCGAUCUACAAACUGUGGGUGAACAUUAUUGCACCCUGGAUAUUCGAAGCCCCGCCGGAGAUAAGCGAAAAACAACAGAAGAAAAUGGAAAGAAAGCGAAGGCAAUGACACUUAUGAGAGUUUAUUUAAUUAUUGUUGGUACCUUGAUUUGAAUUGAGCUUUGUUUUAGUGAAGACAAUCGCAGUUUUAUGUGUGGACGUGCAAUAGAACAAUUGCAGUUAAA